AUGGGAGGGGUGGUGGAGUACGCAUGCGUGCCCCCGCUGUCGCCCUGCCCUCACCCCGCCUUCGCGGUGACGUCAUCCCGCGGUCUUCCGAACCGCCCUUCCCGCCCACACCUGCCCAGCCCCGCCCCCCUCGCCCUCGCACUUGGCCCGCUCUUGUGCCGGAUAAAUCUUUCCAGACCCAGCCUCUCUGGAACUCAUUCCACAGUCCACAAGUUCCAGACUCUGGAUUAUGUUCCAUGGCAGCGGUCCAAACAGAAAACCAAGCCAUCUACUCUGCCUCCAGUCCGAGAAGCGGUUGGCCACAGUAAAAGCAAAAUGAAGACAUUGACUAGGGUCCAGCCAGUGUUGCACUCUAAGCCCACCAUGGUGGUGACAAGCCAGCUGAGGGAUCCACGAGAACUGCGCAGAAGGGAGCAGAUGGACCCUGGGAGGAAGGAGGCCACAAUGCGGUUAAUGAAGAAGAUGCUCAGGAACCGGCGGAACUCGCUCCGGGAGCUUCUUAACCACGAGAACUUCCUCACCGGGCUCAAUCGGGAGCUGAUCAGGACCAUCCAGGACAUGGAGGACAGCACGGCCCUGAACGUGCGCGCAAUGCUGCAGCAGCAGGACACCCUCACGACCAUCAUCGAUAUCUUGGAGUGGUCGAACAAGAAGAGGCUGCAGCAGUUGAAGUGUGAGCUUCAGGAGUGGGAAGAGAAGGAGAAGCUCAAGAUGAGCUUCCUGGAGCAGCAGGUGGAGCAGCUGAAUGCCAGGAUCCAGAAGACCCACGAGGAGGUGAACUUCCUGAGCACUUACAUGGACCACGAGUAUCCCGUCAAGUCGGUCCAGAUUGCCAGCCUCAUGCGCCAGCUGCAGCAGGUGAAGGACAGUCAGCAGGAUGAGCUGGACGAUCUUAGUGAGAUGCGUCGCAUGGUCCUGGAGCGUAUGUCCAAGAAGAUUCAGCAACAGCAGAAGAAAGUUCUGAGGUCUCUGGUGGUGAAAACCCAGCAACCCCAUCAGGAGGCUCUUGUACAGAAGACCCGGGAGAGCCAGGACAUGCUGAAAUGCAUUCACAGGUUCAGAGAUUUUAUCGUCCAGUUUGAGGAGGAAAUGCCUAUAUUAAGAGCCGAGGUGGAAGAGCUCCAAGCCCAGCUCCGGGAUCCCCGAGAGGUCAUAUUUGAGGAUGUUUUACUUCGGAGACCCAAGUGCACCCCAGACAUGGAUGUCAUCCUCAACAUCCCUGUGGAAGAGCCGCUACCCUUCUAGAUGGCAGAGCCGUGGGCCGCCCCUCCCCUGCCUGGUCUCUUCCCAGCACCUGCAGCCUGGAGUCAUUUGCUUCUCAGACAGUGUCUUCAUUCAGACCCUGAUGCGCAGUUCUUCCAUCCUUCCCUCC